CAUCUCAAAUGUGUUUUGUCACCCAAGUUUAUUAAUAUGAACUAUUUACUGUUUUCAUUUUAGAUAUGAUGGAAGUGAAAGAGGAGAGUCAAGCUGAAGUGGAUGAGAAACAUCAGAUUGUAAAAAUAAACCAUAAUGUUUCACAGAAAGAAACUCUGAAGACAGAAGACAUAAAGUGUGAAAAUAGUUUCAGAGAAGAUAAACGCCCUGCAGAUCACAAGAGGACUCACAGUGAGGAGAAACCUUUCACAUGUCAACAAUGUGGAAAGAGUUUCAGAACAAAUGCUCACCUUAAAACACACAUGAGGAUUCACACUGGAGAGAAACCUUACACAUGUCAACAAUGUGAAAAGAGUUUCACUUCUCAAUCGAACCUUAUCCGGCACAGGAAAGCUCACAGGGGGCAAAAGCCACAUGCGUGCCAGCAUUGUGACAAGAGUUUCCCAGAUAGAAGUCAACUUAAGAGACACAUGAUGUCUCACACUGGAGAGAAACCUUACACAUGUCGACAGUGUGGAAAGAGUUUUAUAACCGCAGGUGAACUUAAGCAACACAUGAGGACUCACACUGGAGAGAAACCAUUUACGUGCCAUCAGUGUGUAAACAGUUUCACCUUUCAAACAAGCUUUAUCCGGCACAUGAAAGCUCACAGUGGGGAAAAGCCACAUGCGUGCCAUCAUUGUGGAAAGAGUUUCCCAUUUACAAGUGAACUUAAGAUACACAUGAUGAUUCACACUGGAGAGAAACCACACGUGUGCCAACAGUGUGGAAAGAGUUUUGCAACUGCAGGAUUCCUUAACAGACAUUUGAAAAUUCACACCAGAGAGAAACCUUACACUUGUCAACAGUGUGGAAAGAGUUUCAUCUUUCCAUCUGACCUUAACCGCCACAUGAAAACUCACAGUGGGGAAAAGCUGCACACAUGCCAUCACUGUGACAAGAGUUUCCCAGAUACAAAUAAACUUAAGAUACACAUGCGGUCUCACACUGGAGAAAAACCACAUGUGUGCCAUCAAUGUGGAAAGAGUUUUAUAACUGCAGGUCAACUUAAGAUACACACGAGGUCUCACACCGGAGAGAAACCUUACACUUGUCAACACUGUGGAAAGAGUUUCUCGAUUGAAAGUAAUCUUAAGGUACAUGCAAGGAUUCACACUGGAGAGAAACCGUUUACAUGCCAUGAGUGUAAAAAGAGUUUCAAAACAAAAGCUGCCCUUAACACACACAUGAGAAUCCACACUCGAUAUAUGAUGGGAAUAAACACAGAUCAUCUACUUGAACUGAAUGAAGUGGAUGAGAAACAUCAGAUUGUAAAAAUAAACUAUAAUAUUUCACAGAAAGAAACUCUGAAGACAGAAGACAUAAAGUGUGAAAAUAGUUUCAGAGAAGAUGAACGCCCUGCAGAUCACAAGAGGACUCGCAGAAAAGAGAACCCUUACACUUGUCAACAAUGUGGAAAGAUUUUUAGAAGAAAAGAUAACCUUAACAAACAUGUGAGGGUUCACACUGGAGAGAAACCUUUCACAUGUCAAAAGUGUGGAAAGAGUUUCAGAACAAAAUCUAACCUUAAUGCACACACGAGGAUUCACACUGGAGAGAAACCAUUUGUGUGCCACCAUUGUGAAAAGAGUUUUGUAACUGCAGGUGAACUUAAGAUACACACAAGGAUUCACACUGGAGAGAAACCUUACACUUGUCAUCAAUGUGGAAAGAGUUUCUCUGUUGAAAGUAACCUUAAGAUGCACACAAGAAUUCACACUGGAGAGAGACCUUACAGAUGCCAUGAGUGUAAAAAGAGUUUUAUAACUGCAUGUGAACUUAAGCAACACAUGAUGUCUCACACUGGAGAAAAACCUUACACAUGUCAACAGUGUGGAAAGAGUUUCAGAACAAAUCCUAAACUUAAAGCACACAUGAGGAUUCACACUGGAGAGAAACCACACGUGUGCCAUCAGUGUGGAAAGAGUUUUGUAACUGCAGGUGAACUUAAGAUACACAUGAUGUCUCACACUGGAGAGAAACCACAUGUGUGCCAUCAGUGUGGAAAGAGUUUUGCAACUGCAGGUCAACUUAAGCAACACAUGAGGAUUCACACAGGAGAGAAACCACAUGUGUGCCAUCAGUGUGGAAAGAGUUUCUCUUUUGAAGGAAACCUUAAGAUACACACAAGAAUUCACACUGGAGAGAAACCUUACACAUGUCAACAGUGUGGAAAGAGUUUCUCUGUUGAAGGAAACCUUAAGAUUCAUACAAGAACUCACACUGGAGAGAGACCUUACAAAUGCCAUGAGUGUGAAAAGAGUUUCAAAACAAAAGCUACCCUUAACACACACAUGAGAAUCCACACUCGAUAGAAACCAUUCAUGUGUCAACAGUGUGGAUAUGGGAACAACAUUUAGAAAUCAGCUGAGGUCUUAUUAAUAAAACUGUCUGGAGGAUCUUUACUAAAUGUCUACAUGCGCACAAAAGGUCAAGAUGUCUGUACUUGUGGAUUUGUGAAAUGUCAUCAGUCACGACCCAAGUACUGUUCCAAUUCCAAGUUUGCAUGAAGCCAAGUUCAAAAAACAUUCCCUGAUGUGUUCUUGAUUCACUCAUUUGAUCGAGGAUACAUCAGGAGGUGACUUGUGUGGACUUGUAUCAGCCAAGUUUUCCAGAACUUCAAAUCUGUGGUCAGUUGGUAAAGAUAUUUAAAUUUCCUCUGACAAUUUAUGAUUUUUGAGUUCAAGUUGAUCAGCGGGUUGCCAGUGUCGUGUACACCGCCGAGGGCAGAUUCAUCUCUGCAAAUCAUUCUGAAAUGUGCCGCUGUCUCAGUGCAGCUGCUCUACCCUUCAGUGUCUGAUGGUCAAACAUGAAAUAUUCCCUUUGGAUAUAUCUAACUGGCAUUUUUCUGUCUCUUUAUUAUUCAUAUAAAGUUUUGAAUUGUAAGUAAUACAUUUGUUGUUAUCGUUUUAACUGAUGUUAAAGUUAAGUUUCAUAACUUAAAUCACAUAUAUUUUCUAUAGAAUCUUAACACUGAAUCAUUGCAUUUGUACUUUAACUAGAUUUUUUUACUUGUGUUUACUUCAUGUUGUACAAACAUUUUGUAGUAAAUUGAGGGCCAGCUGUAUAUGCUUAUAGCACCAUGUAGUGGACAUUCAAUAACAUGUUUCUUGAGAUGGUAAUUAAGUCAGGCAUUAUUACUGGCCUUUAAUAGGACCCAGCUAAGGAACUCUGAUGAUGUCAUUUUCAGUUGAGCCACAUGUGACAUGUUGAUAUGGAAGGAUGUUGUGCUGGUGACAACCUGAUUGCAUCUACAUGGUUAUUUGCAUCAUCUUGUUGAUUUCAUGUUGUGUUUGCAUUUUAUAUCUUUAUACUUUGGAAAUAGAGUUAAGUUGUACUUAUAGUAUUGCUGCAGCACACCGUGUGCACAUGAUAACUUCUAUAGAGACAUAUUACUAAACUAAAUGUUUAUUGGUUCUAUUGUUAAACUUAAUUGAUAGUUUAAGUGUUUAUUAUUUGUAAUUGUAUUACAUGCAUAUGUUUACACAGUAUUAUUUGUUUCUUUAAACUAGAACCAUACACACCUGUUCUGAUCAACAUAAGAUAUGCAAGACAUGAAGAUUAAACUGUUCAAUUUCUAUAAAGAGUGGUAUGUGAGUGUGUGUGCACAUCUCAUCAAAAGGACAAAUAAUCGUAAAUGUUCUAACCGAGCAUUCUUUGGUGGUUGCAAACGGGUAGUAAUCAGCACAAAAGUGACUGUAUUACAUUUAGAUGUUAUAAUCUGUAACAAUUUUGUACUUUUAUAAUAAACAUGUGUGUGGUCUGGUUGGGGUGAGAUUUUGGCAUUUUCUUGUGGUGUUGUGUAUUGCGCCAAAUAGUAUGCCAUACAGAACCGUUUGCCAAUGAACCUGCAUUAACGACGACAAUGGGGCUUCUGGCCUUAGUCAAACGGGUUGGCGUGUAUUUGGUCAGGUUGUGGUGAGAUUGUGGCGUUAGAGAUUGAAGUUAGGUCAUGUCAUGUCAAGGGUUUAUGCACUGAGUUACAAGAGAGACCUUGAUUACUCAAUUGACCAUCCCACAGAGUCUCAUCUGUGCCUCAAGUAUGCCUUAAGGAAUAUCAAGACCUAUAGACCGUUUCAGCAGUAACAACAUAAACAAGCGGCUGUCGCGGUCCGCAUGAACUUCCGGUAAACUCCGCUAAGAAUAAAUAACAACAAAGUUCUUUAAACAUAGUUUAUUUAUAUAACAAGCAAAAAAACAACACAUAGAUUACCUAGAAAACCAAAACAUUUGUUAUUUUCGAAGAGGCAUUUGUUCAAGGGAUCCGUUUAGCAACUAGUCAUACAAUUAAAAAAACGAAACCGGAUGUAAGGUUCGGAUCCAGACGUGUAUCACGUGCGUCCGAUGAAACCGUCUAUACAACAGAUCUAUGACAAGCACCUAUAUACAGAUGGUUCUAUAGAUCCUGCCUCUACAAGAACUGUUUCUGCAGUGAAUAUCCCUACAUUUCAAUAUAAUAUCAGCAAAGGAAUAACUGAUAAUGUGUCUGUGUAUACAGCAGAACUUAUUGCCAUUCUGGUAGCACUUCAUUAGGUGGACGAUGUAAAACCAAGGUUAGCAGUCAUCUGUUCUGAUUCAUAUGCAGCACUUUCAAGCCUUGCAAGUGGACUAAAAUCAACUAGAUAUUAACUAAAGGUAUUAUAUAUGAUAUUCUUGCAAGUUUAUUGAGAAAUAGUAAUACAAGUCUUAUUAUGUUUCUGUGGGUCCCUGCUUAUCUGUGAGUGCCGGCUAAUGAAUUGGUUGACAAACUAGCUAAGCAAGCUUUAAAUCAUGCAGUUGUUGACAUACAAGUGGCUCUUAGUAAAAAAGAGGUCACUUGUAAUAAAGAGCAAGAAGCAUGAAAUAUUGAUAGCAAGAGCAGACAUCUUAAUAGCAUUUAUCUACAUGUUGGAAAUGGAAGAAGUGCAUUUAAGAACAAAAAAAGAAGAUAUUAUAAUUUCACGUCUUCGAAUCAGACAUUCUGGACUAAAUAAUUCC